UUUUUCUUUAUUUAUUGCUCAUGUGGUGGAGGGAAUAUGCCACCGCCUUGUGGGGAUAUUUAUCACUUAACUAAGGAAGACUGAGUGAGCAACGAGAUCCUAGUUAUUUAAACCAAAUGGAGUUCAAGCUCAGCCAAAAGAAAAAUAAAAUAAAAAUGUCACAUCACAUACAACAGAUUACAAUUUGUCCCUUUUGUUUUAACCACAUGGGACAGUUCCCAUACACAAUCCAUUUACUUAGACCCUCAGCAAAAUUUAUUUCCAGGUUAAAUUCAAUUCACUUACAAAAAAUUCACUUUGUCUCAGUUCAAAAAUAAUCGAAGAGUUUUCCACCAGAUAGGGACAAAAUAAAGAAAAAUAGAUUUACAGUCCAUUAAAAAUUUCUCAUAGUCCAUCAAAGUGCCAAAAAUAAAAGAUAUGAAUACCCUUCGCAGCAAAAUUCACUAUUCAACAAGGUUUUGCAACUUACACUUUCGUUCUUUACACUCACAGAAGAGGAAAAAAUGUCUUGCUCUCAGCAUUCAGAUGCGAGGGAACAAAAUAAUGUACAUCACCACUCUUUUGGCUGUGGAUGAGGUGCUGAAUGAAUUUCAAUAGAUGGCAGGACAAUGUUUCAUCACUCACUAACUUUCGGCAAAAAUUAGAAUAAAAGAUUUCACAAAAUCGAAUUUGUGAAUCCCCUACAUUCAGGAUGCUUAUUAUUUUUGAUUAUCUCUGACUAAAAGGCAUUGUAAAGAAAUGUGAAUCAGAUUGAGUACAGAGCAGCCCAUCCCCUUCCUACAGCUACAGGCUGCAGUGAUGAUGCACUGCAACAGUGACGAGAGACUCGAGAAAGGCGUGUUUGGUUUCACAUUUGCAGUAACGGGGCUUUAAAACGAAAGCACGACGAACAAAGCAAACGGAUUUCUUUAGCUUUUUUUUACUGGGCAAAUAUACACCUUUAAGCGGAGAUGCUUUUGUGUGUGACUCUGCCGAUUCUCUUCAGCGUUAUGGAAACUAAAGCAGAGCUAUUACAGGUGGUUGGUCCGGACACUCCUCUUAUUGCUGUAGCUGGUGAAGACCUGGUUUUACCUUGUUUUAUCAAAGCCAAAACCAGUGCUGUGGACAUGACAGUGGAGUGGUACAAACCAGACAGAGAUAAUUCAUUAGUGCAUCUCUAUAAGGAUCAUGAAGACACAAAUGAAAAUCAGGCUCAGAUGUACAGAGGAAGAACAUCCGUUUUUAAAGAGGAGCUACAGAAUGGCAACACUUCACUCAAACUCUCCGCUAUCAGAGUCUCUGAUGAAGGAGAGUACAGGUGUCUUGUUGAGAAUAAAUCCAUGUCCAAUGAAACGACUGUUCAUGUCAUUGUUGAGGUUCAGGGCAGCCCCCCGGUGAUCAUGAUGGAGAGUUAUGAUAGCUCAGGAGGGAUUAAUCUAGUGUGUGAGUCCAGAGGCUGGAAACCUGAACCUGAGGUUCUGUGGUUGGACAGAGAAGGAGUCACUCUGCCUGCUGAAGAGACACAGAUACACAGAGAUGCUGAGAAUUUCAGUGUGAAACGCCAGAUAACUGUUUACGAUUAUAGCGACUCCAACAGAUUUUACUGUAGACUUCUACAAAAACAUCACAUGAUGGAGACAGAGGUUAUCAUUAAUAGUCAAUUUUUUGCUGCUGGGAAGUGGAUUGUUGGCAUUUCAAUUUCAGCAUGUUUUAUUGCUGUUGGAUUGAUAUUAAUCUCAGUUCUACAUUACAAGAAAGAGAUUAAACAGGUAAAGCAAAAUGCAGAGCAACUGAGACUGGCAAAGGAAGAUGAGAUUCAACAUCUGAGACAAAAUGCAGAGCAACAGAAACAGGAGUUGGAAAACGAGAUUCAAAGUCUGAGACAAAAUGCAGAGCAACAGAAACAGGAGUUGGAAAACGAGAUUCAACAUCUGAGACAAAAUGCAGAGCAACAGAAACAGGAGUUGAAAAAUGAGAUUAUGAAGAGGAUAAAGAUGUUUGCAGUGGAUGUGACAUUGGAUCCUGAUACUGCUCAUCCUAAUCUCGACUUGUCUGAAGAUAAAAAACAAGUGAAACUUGGAGAAAAAACACUUCAACUCCCUAAUACACCAAAGAGAUUUAAAUAUCACUCUGUGUUGGGCAAGCAGAGUUUCUGCUCAGGGAAAUUUUAUUAUGAGGUGGAUGUUGGAAAGAAAACUGAAUGGACAUUGGGAGUUGUGAAAGAAAGUAUUAACAGGGAGACGUGGGUUAAACGGAAUCCAGGCAGUGGAUUCUGGACCAUAAAACUGAGGAAUAACACUAAGUAUAAUGCUAAUGCUGAUCCCCCUGUCCCCCUCACACUGGGAGAGAAGGUGGAGCUAGUGGGGGUGUUUGUGGAUUAUAAGGAGGGUCUGGUCUCCUUUUAUGAUGUGAACUCCAGAUCUCUUAUCUACUCUUUCCCUCAUCAGACUUUCACUGAGAAACUCUAUCCAUACUUCAGUCCUAGGUACAACGAAGAUGGUAAAAAUUCAGAUGCAAUGAAAAUCAGUGAUUUAAUAUUAACUUUAUACAGUGGUCCCACGUAACUCACCGGGAGUUACGUUCUUAGACCCCCUGCAAAUUCCAAACAAAAUUUUUGACGCACCCCUGCAGCCCCUAUGGUACCUUAUUAAAUUCAUAAGUAAGGUUUUUCCUUUUUGAUGCAUAUUCAACAGAAAAUGUGAAGUAAUGGACACAAAUGCUUUAUUUAAUCAUAUAAAACUAAUAAUAAAAUAAUGUGUUUUGAAAAAGUUUAUGAAAUUAUUUAGUGAAAAGAGUUAAAAUGUUACUCCUAAUGUUCCUGAACAUUCAGUCCCUCUGCGGAUUCAUGCAAAGUUUAAAAUAAUCCUCAAUUUGCUGUUAGUUAGGUUCCAAAUUAGAACCUGCAAAUUUUCAGAGCCGUGAGUUCCAAACCACAAAUUAUCGGGGGUUGAUUGUAUUCCAUAAGGCUGCAUAGCUGCAUAUAAUCAUCACUUAGCUAGUAAAAUAUCUACUAGUUACAAAUUGAUUGUGAAACAUUACUUUAACAUAUAGAAAGUGUAUCAAUGUGCUUGUUAUCUGAUCUUAGAAGAUUAAAGAUUUCUAAAAACUUCUCUAAAAAAGAGAAAUGUUACUCCAGUUACUGUAUUAUUUACUUUAAAUGCUGUUUAAAUGAUGUCUAUCUGAGACUUUGAAAGGAGGUAAAUGUCAUAUGAAGCUUAGUCAGGUGCAUCAGUGACACUUGUAUUAGGGCUGCAACUAACGAUUAUAUUGAUAAUCGAUUAAUCGGAUACAAAGCUUUUUUUUAAUUCUAUGUUUUGCUUAUUAUAACUAAAUAAAACCCUAAUACAGUGUAUUUAU